ACAGGACGAGGGCGGUAACGUUUCUGGAGCAGUAGGGGGAGUGAGGGGCGCGUCCUGCGGCCCGGGUUUUGUCUUUUGAAUCGGAGUAGCAGAUUCGCUGUGGCCGUGGAGGACGGACCUAAUUCAGUUAAGAGUCAGGACUUGGGGAGAGAGGCCCGCCACUAGUCAGAAGCAGGCCUUCAGAAAGAAAGUAUUAAUCUCUCGCCGCAGUUCCUGUCCAGUCCGAUCUUCGGUCUUCUCCUUUCAGAACAUGAAUCUGCUGCCGGAACUGGAGAGUCCAGUGACUCGGCAGGAGAAGAUGGCUACCGUGUGGGAUGAAGCUGAGCAAGAUGGAAUCGGGGAGGAGGUGCUCAAGAUGUCCACAGAAGAGAUUAUCCAGCGCACACGGCUGCUGGACAGUGAGAUCAAGAUCAUGAAGAGUGAAGUAUUGCGAGUUACCCAUGAACUCCAGGCCAUGAAGGACAAGAUCAAAGAGAACAGUGAGAAAAUCAAAGUGAACAAGACCCUGCCGUACCUUGUCUCCAACGUCAUCGAGCUUCUAGAUGUUGAUCCCAAUGACCAAGAGGAGGAUGGUGCCAAUAUUGACCUGGAUUCCCAGAGGAAGGGUAAAUGUGCAGUGAUAAAAACCUCCACCCGACAGACAUACUUCCUGCCUGUGAUUGGGUUGGUGGAUGCUGAAAAGCUAAAGCCCGGAGACUUGGUGGGUGUGAACAAAGACUCCUAUCUGAUCCUGGAGACCCUGCCUACGGAGUAUGACUCACGGGUGAAGGCCAUGGAGGUGGAUGAGAGGCCCACAGAACAAUACAGUGACAUUGGGGGCCUGGACAAACAGAUUCAGGAGCUGGUGGAGGCCAUUGUCCUGCCAAUGAACCACAAGGAGAAGUUUGAGAACUUGGGGAUCCAGCCUCCAAAAGGGGUGUUGAUGUAUGGACCUCCAGGUACGGGGAAGACCCUGCUGGCCCGGGCCUGUGCUGCACAGACCAAGGCUACCUUCCUGAAGCUGGCUGGCCCACAGCUGGUGCAGAUGUUCAUUGGGGAUGGUGCCAAGCUGGUCCGCGAUGCCUUUGCCCUGGCUAAGGAGAAAGCUCCAUCCAUUAUCUUCAUUGAUGAGCUGGAUGCCAUCGGCACUAAGCGCUUUGACAGUGAGAAGGCUGGAGACCGGGAGGUACAGAGGACAAUGUUGGAGCUUCUGAACCAACUGGACGGGUUCCAGCCCAACACUCAAGUAAAGGUAAUUGCAGCCACCAACAGGGUGGACAUCUUGGACCCCGCACUUCUCCGCUCAGGCCGUCUGGACCGAAAGAUUGAAUUUCCGAUGCCCAACGAGGAGGCCCGGGCCAGAAUCAUGCAGAUCCACUCCCGCAAGAUGAACGUCAGUCCUGACGUGAACUAUGAGGAGCUGGCCCGCUGUACGGAUGACUUCAAUGGGGCCCAGUGCAAGGCCGUGUGUGUGGAGGCGGGCAUGAUCGCGCUGCGCAGGGGCGCCACAGAGCUCACCCACGAGGACUACAUGGAGGGCAUCCUGGAGGUGCAGGCCAAGAAGAAAGCCAACCUGCAGUACUACGCCUAGGGGGCUGCCUGCCGCACCUGCUCCCUGGUCUCACGCUCGUUACAGUUCAUAAUAAAGGAAGGCUUCAGGUCCCGGG